UGUUGUCAGACUUGAUCUUGUCUUUACUUUUCAUUGAUAUUGCAAGAUGAUGAUUGCAUUGUUCUGAUACAGGAGCUCUUGGUGUUUGAACAAACUAAUUUUCUUGGAUUAAAUCUAGUGGGAAAGGCAGUACAGGCAAGGUUAGGUUUGUUUGUAGUUAUCUGUAAAGUUGAAAGAACAGUGUUAGCGGGUGUAGAUGUGGAAAGACAGCGAAAUGGAACAAAAGGCAGAAGGGUGGGACGGGCAGUAAAUUGAAUAGGAGCCAAGGGGUGGAUCUGCAGAAGCAGGUGAAGGGUACAGCAAUAAUAGAGUCAGAUUCCAAGUAUUGAUGCAGUUUCUGUGGACGCAGGUAUAAAAUAAGAAGGCUGGAUAUAUAGAUGGAUCGUCUGCAAUUCUGGAAGUCCUGAUUGAAAGAGCAGCUGCUGAAGGUUUGCAAGCACCAUGGCACUUUCCUGGAUCACAGUCAUUGCCAUAUUUGCACUAUCAUCCAUGUACUGCAUAGUUUCUCAUCCCAGCUCAGAACUGUGGUUUCAAGACCUCUUCCCACUUAAGGUGUGUCCUGCCAAUGCCAGUGAGAAAACCUUCUAUGGCAUUAUGUUUGAUGCAGGAAGUACAGGGACACGAAUUCACAUUUAUACCUUUAUACAACGAAGCCCAGAAAAACCUGCAGAGUUAGAAGGGGAAAUCUUUGAGUCAGUAAAGCCAGGUCUCUCUGCAUAUGCUGCUGAGCCUGAGAAGGGAGCUGAAACUGUCAGACAGUUGUUAGACAUGGCCAAGGAAGCUGUGCCACCCAGUCACUGGAAGAAGACUCCAGUAGUAUUGAAAGCCACUGCUGGCCUGCGGCUAUUAGCAGAACACAAAGCCCAGGCUCUUCUUUCAAAGGUCAGGGAGGUUUUUGAGGAAUCUCCUUUUUUAGUUCCUGAUGACAGUGUUAGUGUGAUGGAUGGAACUUAUGAAGGUAUUUUAGCCUGGAUCACUGUGAACUUUUUAACAGGGCAGCUGUAUGGCCGGAACCAGCAGACAGUGGGGAUCCUGGAUCUGGGAGGAGCCUCUACACAGAUCACAUUUCUGCCACAGCUUAAGGAAACCUUGGAACAAAGCCCGAUGGAUUUCUUUACCUCAUUUCAAAUGUUCAACAGCACUUACAAACUCUAUACACACAGCUAUUUGGGAUUUGGGUUGAAAGCUGCACGACUUGCAACAUUGGGAGCCUUGGAUAUGGAAGCAGAUGGAAGGAGGUUCCGAAGUUCUUGCUUGCCAAAACAACUGGAAGCAGAGUGGCACUUUGGGGGAGUAAAAUACCAGUAUGGUGGCAACAAAGAAGGGGAAACAGGAUUUGAACCAUGUUACUCUGAAGUGCUGAAGGUUGUACAAGGCAAACUACACCAACCACAAGAAAUUCGAAGAAGCUCCUUCUAUGCCUUUUCCUAUUAUUAUGAUCGGGCUGUGGACAUUGAUUUGAUAGAGUAUGAAAAAGGUGGAGUUUUACAAGUGAAAGAUUUUGAAAGAAAAGCCAAAGAAGGGUGUGACAUCUGGAUAGCUACAGCUCUGCCAGCCCUUUUCUGUGUAUGGAUCUCAGUUACAUUACAGCAUAUUAAAAGAAGGUUUUGGAUUUGGAGAAAGUACAAUUUUACAGUUGGCAAAGAAAGUGAACAACAUUGAAACAAGCUGGGUUUGGGUGCUACCUUUCACCUUCUUCAGUCCUUAGGACUCUCCCAUUAAGAUGUCGCCUGUUGGAUGUUUGGUUUUUUUUUUUUUAAACAAUGGCAAUCUGAUGAACUUAGCAGCCAAAUAUAGACCAAA